AUCUGGGGUCCAAAGACGUCCAAAACAGUCGUGUCACGUCAACUAGGCGGUGAAGCUGGUGCUCCCCUGGUCGUGGCCCCAAUUGAGCCCUCUGUAACUGUGUCAUUCACAUGCGAAGGAAAUGAGGGCGCAGUUCUGACAACUGAAAGCCCAGUUCUGAGGCACCGGAUUGGUGAUGAAUCGGCGGCGAUGCAGUGGGUAACAGACAACGAGCCCGAGAUCCUGAGACAAUACAAGCCCAUUGUCGAAAGACAUGGUAUCUGGGUAGUGACCAAGACCUACACGUCACGCCGAUGUGGCGUUGCUGUCAUGUCAUCCAAGUCGUCGAAAGUUGAGAUUAGCAUUGGUGUUAGCGCUCCGGGUCUGUUUUCUCUGGAACCAACGAGUUCUUGGAAGUCUAGCAACGAGCACCUUGCUCAUGAGAUCCACGAUGAUGAUAAAGGGGUAGUGGUGUUCAUCAGCGGGAUUUACUUUGCCAAGAAACUGUUCUCAUCCAAACUGAAGCACCUGCCUGAUCAAGAGGGCCAACAGAAUAAAAUCUUUCGUGGAGGAUAUGAAGAGUCAGAUGGAGGCAACGAAAGUGAA